ACAACCGCUUUUUUCAGAAAUUGCAAACGGUCGAUUAUUUUGUUUGGUUAUUUCGCUGUGUCUGUGGUGUUGCUUCAGUUAUUUAGUUAAAAAUGUCCUACACAGAGUAUUCAAAAGAGCUGGAAGCAUUUAUAGCUAAACAGAAACGGCUUCUCCAAUUGGAUAAAGAGCGUAUAUCAAGUGCACCACCGGAAGAACAGAAUAAACAACAACAACAGUCUACUCCACCGGAAGAAUCACGCAGACCCGAUUCCGGGAGUGCGAUAACGAACCCCUCCUCCCUACGCAUCCCUUCCAAACCUUCCUCCGAUAAGCUUUCCAAAGAGAAGGUCAAUUCUCAAAUAAGUCGUAAAACAAGCGUCGUGCAAGAAGAAGAAAAUGCCGGCAUACGCAUUACAACUUCCCGCGGACAAACAGAAGCAGCAAGCGGUCCUAUCGAUUCGAUAAAUAUUGACUCACGGCAGGAUGUUGGGGAUAACCCAUCAUCUAUGAAAUCGCCGCAAGGAGCAUCGGCGGUUCUAUCGGUAGAUCGUGCGAAACAAAUGUCGCCGCAACAGGAUGAAAUGGAACAGUGGGUCUCGGAUACGUUCUUUUCGUACUUUCCGAGUUUCAACAAAAAGCAAAAGGAGCAAAAAACCGUCCUGUCCCGUACGCGCCAGCAGGAGUAUCAAGAGUAUUUGAAAAAUAUUCCGGAAGUGACGACCAAACACCAGCAGUACAUGCAAAAGUACGGCACCGGCAAACCCCCGGGCACGGAGACGACCAAUGAGAAGGGGACGAGUCCGCUGCCGCCGCCGCAACCGCCGCAGGUCCGGUUCGGCAAGUCACUGGUGGCGGAAGCGAACGCAAACUUCCGCAAAGGUAGCCCGCGCGAGAAGUUGAUCCAAGAUUUAGCCCAUACUGAUCUGCCUACCAUUCUUAACACAGACACUAUCGAUCGCAGGAACAGGAUGUUGGCCGAUGAGGAAAGUCGCCGCAAGAUGGAGUAUCAGAAGGAGCUGAUCAAGCAGAUCGAGGAAAAGCGAAAGGAGGUCGAACGGUUGCGCGAGAAGGAAAAGCUCGAGGAGGAAAUGCUGACCAGUCGGUUGGAACAGCAGCUCAAAACGAUGCAGCUAGAGGAGCAGCUCGAGCACGAACGGUUGCGCAGUGAGAAGAUUCGAAUCGCCACCGAACAGAACCACAUCCGCCGGCUGCAACUGUUGGCCAACCUCGAGAACGAUCACAAGCUCUUCAAUCCGUACGAUGGCCAGCGGAAAGCUUUUUCGGAAAAUGGCGUAAAGGUGGUUAAGGCACCCGGCGCAGGCACAUCCGUUCCUCCGGGACCUUCGCAACAUCCCAACGGAUCCUACUCUUCCGGUGACGAGCGGACAAAGGUUUAUCGGUACUUUAGCAAUUCCGCGCAGCAGCAGCAGCAGCAGCAGGAGAAACACAACCAUUUUGUGUCGGUCGGUGUGGCCUCCUCGUCGGCACUAUCUUCCGAGCAGGAUUAUGAAUCUUCCAGCGAAACGACAAACAAUUCUUUGCCGGCGGCUGACCAUCGCUAUCAGUACUGCAAAAGCUGUCGGGCUGAUAUCGAUCGCUCGUUUCUGCCACCGACCGUUGGUCCAAGAGAUCAUUCCAAGCGACAGCAUUGCGCCAAAUGUGGCUGUAAACGAACGACGGGACCGAUGCAUGGGAGCAGCAAGAAGAAGCACGCGGAGGAUCACACUUUCCGGUGCAUUAAGUGUGAUCGUUCCAUGAAACGACCGGCCGGGCUCGGGAACGGACUGGCGGCGCUAUGUGCCGUCUGCACGCUAACGACGGAUGCGGAUAAGAAGAAUCAGGUGCAUCACAAGAAGCUACACCAGGACAGACGGUCGCAUAGUAAAGCACGCCACCAUUCGACCCUGUUGGAUGAGGAUGAUGAUGAUGAUGAGGCGGUCCGCGUACAUCAGGCGCCACCCAUUUCACCGAAGCACAAUCCGUACAAAAUACUCGACAUACAGUACCACGAAAGCGAGGGCGAUAAUGGUGAUCUGGACGUGCUGAAUCCCGUGAUCGUGCGCAACAAUUACCGUAAACCACCGUACUCGCUCAACAUCGAGAAGGAUUCGCUGUUCCAUCCGAGCCGGAAAACACCAGAACCGGUCCUUUCGGUGAACAUUCGCAACGGGGAAGUGUUUGUGGACAAUAAGAUACGAACGGGGGGUGGUGGUGGUGGUGCUGGAGGAGCGGCACGUCCCCCGGCGAGCCCUUCCGAUGCGGACGAAGGCCAUCGGGAUGAUGAAACGUCCACAGCCACGGUGGGGGACGAUAUGCUCGACGAGCGGAUUGCCAAGUACGUGCGCCACUACAACACGCUUUGGAUGAAGCGUGGCAACAACGAUGGUGGUGGCCGGAAGAGCAAUGGCCACUAUCAUUCUCACCAUCAGCAGCACGAUGGGAUGAAGGGUGGCAAGUCGGCUACAUCCGGUACACUGCUUCCAUCACUUUCGCCCCCGAAAGUGUACGUUAGUGAUCGACCGGAUAACCUCAAGAGUGACGGGUUGAAGCUGGUGGAGAAGAAAUGGGAGAUACCGGCCGUUGAACGGACAAAGGUGAAUGAGAAAGGAUCGACUCGGGUACUAACGCAGCUCGGUGCCAUUCGGAAGCAGUUGCAGCUGGAACAGCUUCAGAUGGAUGACCCAUCGACGUACUCGAAGAAAUAUUAGAAUUUAGUUUUCUUUUCUGUUUUGUGCAUAUAUCAACAUGCCGUCCGCUUAAGUUAGGUUAAUAUUUCAAACAAAAGUGACCUUUGGACCUGCGUAGAAAAUGAAACCGGCAAACAACUCAAAGUUGAGCGGUGUGGGUCGAUGCGAACUCGAAUAAAGUUGGCAAAAGAAUUUCCAUUCCUAAAGCAAACGAAA